AUGGCCUCAGCUGUUCCAAUCCUCAAUGGAAACAACUUCUCAGAAUGGAAAGAGAAUGUUGAGUUCACAUUAGGAGUACUUGAUUUGGAUUUAGCACUUCGUAAAGAAGAGCCAAAUCCAUUAACGAAUAUCAGUACUGAGGAAGCAAAGGCUUUCCAUAAAGCAUGGGAAAAAGCAAACAGGCUGAGCAUGAUGUUUUUAAGGAUGACAAUAGCAAGUAACAUCAAAACUUCCCUCCCUAAUGUAGAUAAAGUUAAGGCUUAUCUAACAGCAAUAGAAGAACGGUUUAAGACUGCGGACAAAUUCCUUGCGGGGAAACUUAUGACAGAAGCUUCGGAUUCGCAGUCUGUAAGUAGGAAGCGUAAGAGCCUUUGUGUACAUCUUCUGUACCCUGUAUAG